GGGAAGUCCACAUUUGUAAGGCUGCUCAAAAAGGCUUUUCCAGGAUGGCACAUGACUACAGAGCCGGUUUCCAAAUGGCAGAAUGUUCAAGCUGCUCAAUCCAAUCAGGCCUUGUCUUCUCAGAGUUUUGGAAACUUGCUUCAAAUGGUCUACCAGGAGCCUUCUCGAUGGUCCUACACAUUCCAGACUUACUCAUGUCUGAGUCGGCUCAAAGCACAGCUGCAGCCUCUGCCAAUGAAGCCCCUGAACGCCCAGGAAUUUGUGCAGAUAUUUGAGAGAUCUGUGUACAGUGACAGGUAUGUCUUUGCAAAGAAUCUGUUUGAGAUUGGCCAUUUGGCAGAGAUGGAGUGGAUAAUAUACCAAGAUUGGCACACCUUCCUCCUUCAAGCCUUUGGGGACCGAGUUGCACUCCAUGGCUUCCUUUAUCUCUGGGCACCUCCUGAGGUAUGCUUGGAGAGGCUGCGCCGAAGAGCGAGGCCUGAAGAGAAGGAGAUCCAGCUGCGCUAUUUGGAGCAGCUUCACUCUCAGCAUGAAAACUGGCUCCGGACGAGAAGCACAGAGGUCCAUUUUGAAAACCUAAGAAAUGCUCCAGUCUUGAUUCUUGAUGUUGCCAAGGAUUUUGCGAGUGACACAAAUGAGCAGAGGAGACUUGUGGGCCAGGUGCGGACUUUUAUAAAGAGCCUCUCCUCUAAAACUUUGCCUUCUGCUUCUGCCACCACUUCCUAGCUCAGGAUCUUGUUCCAUAAGCAAUUGGCCCCGAGCUGCUGCCCAUCAAGAGGCUAAGUGAAAACUUUUCUCAUCCCUAGAAGGUAAAAACCAG